UUCCCCUGCAUUUUCUAGUCAAUCCAUUUCCCACCGGAAAAACCAACACCAACAAACAAUGGCUUCCACCUCCAGCUCCAACUUCACUCCUUUCCGAUAGCCGCGUCACCAUGGACUCCGUUCUCGCCCUCCGCUCCCUCCCCAGCUGCUUCGCGCCGUCCCGAAAUCCCCGCUUCUCAAACUUCGCCGCAAACCGCCGCAUCAAAAUCCAAACUUUCGCUUCGAAAUUCCCGAAAACACCGCGAAUUCCACUCUCGAUUCCGCGCAAUACCCGCCUUUUUAGCCUUCUAGAAGCUUCCAGAAGUGUCGGCUCCGGGGAAGAAGAAAGGCCGGCUCUUUCCGCCGAACGCAUUGCCAGGCAGGUAGUGUUGGGGCUGUUCUGCUUUGUUUUCGGGUUUGCGCAGUUUCGGGCGGGUCGGAGUGUUGCGGUCGCGGCGCCGCUGGUUUCGGAGGCGGUUUUGGAUAAGGAGGAGGUGAAAUAUGAGUACUCGGAGUAUACGAAGAGGCUGCUGGAGACGGUGGGUGCGUUGCUGAAGAGUGUAGAUGAGGUUAGAGGAGGAAAUGGGGAUGUGAAGCUCGUCGAGGCGGCAUGGAAAGCGGUGAGGGGGAAGAAGGAUGAGGUGCAGGACGAGAUAUUGGGUAGGCUCCAUGGGGAGCUGCGAGAGUUGAGGAGGGAGAAGGAGGGGCUGGUAAAGCGGUCCGACGAGGUUGUGGCCGAGGUGGUGAAGGUGAAGAGGGAAUUGGAGAAGUUGGCGGGCAAUGCGGGUGAGGAGAAGUCUAAGGAGAUGGAGGAGAGGAUGGAAGAGAGGCUGGGGAGUCUGGAGGAGGAGUAUAAUGGGAUUUGGGAGAAGGUUGGAAAGAUUGAGGAUCGGAUUUUGAGGAGAGAGACGGCGGCAUUGAGUUAUGGAGUGAGGGAACUUUGUUUUAUUGAGAGGGAAUGUGAGCAGUUGGUUCAGAGUUUUACCCGCCAAAUGAGGAGGAAGAAUGUUGAGAGUGUGCCAAAAGACUCGGUUACCAAGCUUUCUAAAUCUGAUAUACAGAAAGACUUGGAAAAUGCACAAAGAAAUAAUUUGGAGCAAAUGAUUCUGCCAAAUGUUGUGGAAGUUGAUGAUCCGGGACCCCUCUUUAAUUCGACGGAUUUUGCUAAACGUAUAAAACAAGGCCUUAAAGAAUCAAGGGAGCUGCAAAAAAAGACUGAGGCUCAAAUAAGGAAAAAUAUGAAGAAGUUCGGCAGCGAAAAGCGUUUUCUUGUAAAAACACCAGAGGAUGAGGUGGUGAAGGGAUUUCCGGAAGUUGAAUUGAAGUGGAUGUUUGGAGAUAAGGAGGUUGUGGUUCCGAAAGCUGCUGGCCUCCAUUUGUUCCAUGGGUGGAAGAAGUGGCGUGAAGAUGCUAAGGCAGACCUUAAAAGAAAUCUAUUAGAAGAUGUUGAUUUUGGUAAACAGUAUGUGGCCCAGAGACAGGAACUAAUUCUUCUGGACCGCGACAGGGUGGUGUCGAAGACGUGGUACAAUGAGGAAAAGAAUAGAUGGGAAAUGGAUCCAGUAGCUGUUCCUUUCUCCGUGUCAAAGAAACUAGUGGAGCAUGCCCGAAUUAGGCAUGAUUGGGGUGCCAUGUAUAUUGCACUCAAGGGCGACGACAAGGAAUAUUAUGUUGACAUUAAGGAAUUUGAAAUGCUAUUUGAAGAUUUUGGAGGGUUUGAUGGGCUGUACAUGAAAAUGCUUGCCUGUGGUAUUCCAACUGCUGUUCACCUGAUGUGGAUUCCUCUUUCUGAGUUGGAUAUCCGUCAACAAUUUCUCUUGCCCAUAAGGCUGUCUCAUCAAUUGUUUAAUGCAUUGUGGAAUACUAGAGCAGUAUCGUAUACAAGAGAUUGGGUUCUUCAGAAGUUCAAAAAUAUAAAUGACGACAUAAUGAUGACAAUAGUUUUUCCUCUUGUGGAGAUUAUACUACCCUACUCUGUAAGAAUACAGUUGGGGAUGGCAUGGCCCGAGGAAAUUGAUCAAGCUGUUGACUCAACAUGGUACUUGAAAUGGCAAUCUGAGGCAGAAAUGAAUCAUAAAUCCAGAAGAACAGAUGACAUCCAAUGGUAUUUUUGGUUUCUCGUGAGAAGCGCCAUAUACGGAUAUGUUUUAUUUCAUCUCUUUCGUUUUAUGAAGAGAAAAAUUCCCAGAUUUCUUGGUUACGGGCCAUUACGCAGAGAUCCAAACAUGCGGAAAUUGCAGAGAGUGAAAUAUUAUCUUAAUUACCGGGUGAGGACAAUUAAAGGUAACAAAAAGGCUGGUGUUGAUCCUAUAACAAGGGCUUUCGAUCAAAUGAAGAGGGUGAAGAAUCCACCAAUACCGUUGAAGGACUUCGCCAGUAUUGAAUCCAUGAAAGAGGAAAUUAACGAAGUUGUGGCAUUUCUGAAAAAUCCUGGUGCAUUUCAAGAAAUGGGUGCCCGUGCACCUCGGGGGGUUCUGAUUGUAGGGGAGAGGGGAACAGGAAAGACAUCUCUAGCACUGGCUAUAGCUGCUCAAGCUAAGGUGCCUGUUGUUAACAUUAAAGCUCAAGAGUUGGAGGCUGGACUGUGGGUUGGGCAAAGUGCAUCAAAUGUUAGGGAGCUGUUUCAAACAGCGAGAGAACUGGCACCUGUAAUCAUAUUUGUGGAGGAUUUUGACCUCUUUGCUGGUGUACGUGGAAAAUUUAUCCACACUAAAAAUCAGGAUCACGAGGCUUUUAUUAAUCAACUGCUUGUGGAACUUGAUGGGUUUGAGAAACAAGAUGGGGUUGUAUUGAUGGCUACUACUGGUAAUCUCAAGCAAAUUGAUGAGGCCUUACAGCGCCCUGGUCGCAUGGAUAGAGUAUUUCAUCUUCAAAGGCCAACUCAAGCAGAAAGGGAGAAGAUAUUACAUAUGGCUGCAAAAGAAACAAUGGAUAGUGAACUAAUUGAUUUUGUAGACUGGAGAAAGGUUGCUGAAAAGACAGGUCUUUUGCGACCUAUAGAAUUAAAGCUGGUGCCUGCAUCCUUGGAAGGUAGCGCUUUUAGGAGCAAAUUUCUUGAUACAGAUGAACUUCUGAGCUACUGUAGUUGGUUUGCGACUUUCAGCACUUUCAUUCCUGAAUGGGCGAGGAAAACCAAAAUUGGCAAAAAGCUAAGCAAAAUGCUGGUGAAUCAUCUAGGGCUAGCAUUGACUAAAGAAGAUCUGCAGAGUGUGGUUGAUCUGAUGGAGCCAUAUGGUCAGAUAACCAAUGGAAUCGAACUUCUAAACCCUCCUCUUGAGUGGACAAGGGAUACCAAGUUCCCACAUGCUGUUUGGGCUGCUGGUCGUGGUCUCAUUGCCCUUCUAUUGCCAAACUUCGAUGUAGUCGAUAAUAUAUGGCUGGAGCCAUUGUCUUGGCAGGGAAUCGGAUGCACAAAAAUAACCAAGGUGAAAAAUGAAGGGUCCGGGAGCGCGAAUUCUGAAUCAAGAUCAUAUCUUGAAAAGAAGCUUGUAUUUUGUUUUGGUUCACAUGUUGCAUCACAAAUGCUACUGCCUUUUGGGGAAGAGAACUUUCUUUCUUCUUCAGAGUUAACGCAGUCACAGGAGAUAGCUACACGGAUGGUCAUUCAGUAUGGUUGGGGGCCUGAUGAUAGUCCGGCAAUAUAUUAUCGCACGAAUGCGUCUACUGCUUUAAGCAUGGGGAACAACCAUGAGUAUGAGAUGGCAGCUAAAGUUGAAAAGAUAUACGAUUUAGCAUAUUAUAAAGCGCAAGAAAUGCUUCACAAAAAUCGUCGAGUUCUUGAAAAAAUAGUUGAUGAGUUGCUUGAGUUUGAAAUCUUGACUGGAAAGGAUUUGCAAAGAAUUUUUGAAGAAAAUGGAGGUGUUCGGGAAAAAGAGCCCUUUUUCCUUUCUGGAUCUCAUGAUAGGGAGCCACUGUCUGGCAGCUUUCUCGAAGGUGGGAGUGCAUCAGGAACAGCUCUUUUAAGCGCAGCAGAAUAGAUUUCCGAGGAAUAGAUAGCUGUAGAACCAAUUCCUAUUUUUGGCUCGAAGGUAACAUCCGUCCUAUUUACAAUGAGAUUCGCUGCUUGUUUGCGGUGCAAUGUGGUCUUUGUUGUCCUCACGUUUCAUGCCCUUCGUUUUCUGUUUUUUCGGUAUGGGAGAUGUAAGCCAGUUAUAGAGGAAAUAGUUAUAGCUUGGGAAGAGGCAAACAUUUUUCCUUCUCAACCACCAUUUUUCAUUAGUAUGUGAUUAUAAUUGUUAAUAGAAUGAUACAUUUCGAAAGCAUGUCUUCGGUUUGUUA